AAUAAUGGAGAAAUCAUCUUUAUUGUGUGUAUUUGUUGUAGUUGUUUCUCUGUUUGGGAACUUGUGUAGAGCAAGUGAGAAAGUGGGGAUAUUUGAGUUGAAGAAGGGUGACUUUUCUGUGAAGAUCACCAACUAUGGUGCCACUGUUCUCUCUGUCAUCAUCCCUGAUCAAAAUGGAAAGUUGGAUGACGUGGUUCUGGGGUUUGGCUCCAUUGAUGAGUACAAGAAUGAUACUACGUACUUUGGUGGCUUGAUUGGGCGCGUUGCUAAUAGAAUAGGGGGGGCUAGAUUCACUUUGAAUGGCAUCCAGUACAAAUUACCUGCAAAUGAUCAUGGUAACACCCUCCAUGGAGGUGACAUAGGGUUUAGUGAUGUUAUAUGGAAAGUGGAAGACUACGUAAAGGACCGUCACCUUUCGCUCUCCUACGACAGCCAUGAUGGAGAACAAGGAUUUCCGGGUGAUCUUCAUGUGAGUGUGACAUACAUGAUAAUUGGGAGAAACAGGCUAGCAAUCAGAAUGAAAGGCAAGGCUCUGAACAAGGCAACGCCUGUGAAUUUAGCCUCACACACCUACUGGAACCUUGCUGGCCAUAACAGCACUCACAACAUUCUCUCACACACCAUCCAGAUCUUCGGGUCCGGGAUCACCCCCGUGAAGGACAACCUCGUGCCAACAGGUGAAAUCAGAGCGGUCAAAGGGACAGCAUACGACUUCCUGCAGCCCCGCAAAGUCGGGAGCAGGCUGAGCCAAGUCCCCGGGGGAUACGACAUCAACUACGUGUUGGAUGGCGGGAGAGAUCAUAAUGGACUACGGCACCUGCACAAGGCGGCGGUGGUGCAAGAGCACAAAUCGGGGAGAAAGAUGGAGCUGUGGACUAAUAAGCCCGGGGUACAAUUUUACACGAGUAAUAUGUUGAACGAGACGCGGGGGAAAGAGGGGUUUGUGUACAGAAAAUAUGGUGGAUUCUGCUUGGAAACACAAGGUUUUCCAGAUUCUGUGAAUCACCCAAAUUUCCCCUCACAAAUUGUGAACCAAGGGGAGACUUAUCAACAUGUCAUGCUUUAUAGGUUCACUGCCCACACUACUAGACAUUAAAGCAUAUAUGCAGGUUUAAUUUAAAGUUGUUAGAGUGUUAGGUAGGGAGGGGUAGUUAAUAAUAAUAUAUAUAUUGUCUGUUCUUUCAGUUUUCAGGGCAGUAUGUAGCAUGUGAGUUCAUAUGCUUCUAUGUUAUGGGAACACUAUUUUGAUGUAUCCUUUAUGAACAGAA